AUGGAACGGAUUCUUCCAUUACCGAAGGUCGUACGCAAAGCCUUGAUCUCACAGUUUUGCGCUCUCGAUAAGACUGAAAUCGAAGCCAUCCUCAAUAACCCUCAAAAUAAGCACUGUCUCGUCCAGGUUUACCUCGGCAAGCGCAACGGUACUAUUGGAAACAACAACAACAGCCUAUUGCGGAACUUUCCUCUAUACCUUGAGCCAAUGGAGCAAAUUGGCAUCGAGACCGUCCCGCUUGCAAUCGCAAUGGGCAAAGUUUAUGCAACCCUGCACUGGGGCGCCGCUAUCAACGGUGAUGAUGUGGAGCCAGAGUUCCAGCACCGGGCCAUUAAGCUGUAUCUCUUGGAUUUUGGACAGUGCGAGACGGUAGACCUGACCCAGGACCCCGGUGUUGUUUAUCAAGCUUUCAAAGGAGCCAUGGUAACAGGAGAUAAUCAACGUUUUAUUCCACAUUGCUCGAGGAGCCCGGCACUAUUCGCGACAUUUCGGCAGGGAUGCAUUGAAUCUGGGAAUAAUAUUCUAUCACGCAAGAAGCUGGAAAACAAGUUCAACAUAAAGGACUUUACCCAGGAGUAUGAGGAGUAUGCAGAGGAUUUCGUGUAA